GGGCAGGAGCGCGGGUCUCGCCUGUGGCCGUGGGUUCCCCCCCCCCCGGGUGGUGGUGGUGGCCAAGACCACCAGGUACGAGUUCGAGCAGCAGCGCUACCGCUACGCGGGGCUCUCGGAGGAGGAUCUCAAACAGCUGCUUGCAUUGAAAGGAUCUAACUACAGUGGACUACUGGAGCGACACUAUAUUCAUACCAAAAAUGUGGAGCAUGUUGUAGACAGUUUAAGGAACGAACAGAUCGAGGUCCGUCUUGUUAAACGCCGAGAUUAUGAUGAAGACACAGUUCAGUGGGCAGAUGCUGUUAUAUCAGCAGGAGGUGAUGGCACAAUGUUGCUGGCAGCUAGUAAAGUUUUUGACAGAUUGAAACCAGUUAUUGGAGUAAAUACUGAUCCAGAAAGAUCUGAAGGACAUUUGUGUUUGCCUGUGCGAUAUACACACUCUUUUCCAGAAGCAUUACAGAAGUUUUAUCGUGGUGAGUUCAGGUGGCAGUGGCGGCAGCGAAUCCGGAUAUAUCUUGAAGGAACUGGUAUUAACCCUACCCCUGUAGAUUUGCAUGAACAGCAGUUAAGCCAGGAGCAGUACAGCAGGGCCCAUGUUAAUGGAAGAUUCUAUGAUCAAAGAUCUGACAUUUCUGGACCACACCUUUUGCCAGUGAGAGCACUAAAUGAAGUCUUCAUUGGAGAGUCUCUCUCAUCCAGGGUGAACUAUAAAUCCUGCAAACCCAGUUUUAAAUUCUCGCUUCAUAGGGCCUCCUACUAUGAGGUAUCAGUUGAUGAUGGUCCAUGGGAAAAGCAGAAGAGUUCAGGGCUCAAUGUAUGCACUGGAACAGGGUCAAAAGCCUGGUCUUAUAAUAUUAACAAGGUGGCAACCCAGGCUGUUGAAGAGAUCCUUAAGAUUGCUAAAAAGCACGAGAGCUUGAAUCUUCCUUUGAGCAGGGAACUAGUACAGAAAGUAACAAAUGAAUAUAAUGACUCCCUGCUGUAUAGUCCAGAAGAACCAAAGAUGUUUUUCAGUAUUCGAGAGCCUAUUGUAAACCGGGUUUUCUCAAGUAGUCUGCAGCGUGGGUUCUUUUCAAAAGUUUGUGUCCGGUCACGUUGUUGGGAUGCUUGCAUGGUGGUAGAUGGAGGAACUUCUUUUGAGUUUAAUGAUGGGGCAAUAGCUUCAAUAUUGAUCAAUAGAGAAGAUGCAUUGCGCACUGUUUUGCUAGAAGAAUGAAGAUAUUUUAUACAAUCUGUUCAAAUUCUGCUAAAUCCUGCAUCCAGAGAAGGGACUCACUUCAGAGAUAGACAGUACAUCAGAAUACUGUAUUUUAAAUUGGAAAUUUUGCUUCUCUGGAUGCAAGACUAUUGAGAGAGAGACCUGAAGUCAUUUCUAAUUCCUUGGGAUCUUUGAAAAAACUGAUUUUUGUGCUUGCACCUGACACAGAGGAAAUGUAUCUAAGUCAUACAUCUAACUUCAGUGAAAUGUGAUUUUUUUUAUCCUUUUAAGAUGAAUGUGACAGAACACUUUUUUUAAAAAAAAAUUAGGUAGAUGGGUUCAGAUGAAAUAAAGUGGUUGGCCUUGAAUAUUCAACUGUUCAAUUUAAUAGAAGCCUGGAACUGAAUAAAACAAACACCUCAACCUUUCAUAUAUAUUUUACUUUUACAGAAAAGUAUGCUAAGAUUUAUUGAGUUGGUGAAAGCAUAAAGAAUAGACUUUGGAAAAUAAAUCCUGAUGUUGGUCUAACAGAAAUGAGAAUUUUUUGUACCCUUUUCAAAAUUUUACAACAUUACUUUGUAGUAUAGUUUGUGGUAGAUCUUUCAGUUUUUCCAGUGAUUUUUAUACUCUUUUUGGAAUUUUUUGGAAAAUGUUUGUUCUGGUGACCAGAAAAACUCAUUUAUUUGGGGUGAGGUAGCUCUUCCCCAUGUUGCUUCUGAAAUCUAGAUUUUUUUUUUUUUUUUGGCCUGCUAUAAAUCUACUUUUUAAUACCAAUUAUUUUAACUGUAACAAAUUAUGCUGCUUUAUUGACUACAUUUGCUAGCCAGCAAAUGUUUCUUCAAUCAGACAGUUGAGGAGAAUUGUAUGGAAUUGUAUAGGUUGUUUACUUUUAAAAAGCAAUUUUAAAUUAUUUGGUUUUAAAUUGUGUACUUGAUCUGCUUCAUGACUAUAUUCCUGAAGAUGCAGUGAAACCCAUGUAAUUCUUUUUGUAUGCCAAACAUGUGGGAGAUAUUAGGGUUAAUGGAUGGGACACAGGAUUAAGCUCUAUACCUGUUGUAGAAUGGAGAUAGUAUUUUACAGGGCAAAUCAGAUACUUGAUAUUUAUGCAUAAAGAGUCCUAUAUAAAUGCUGCUGACACUCAACUGACUGUGACCAAUUUAUGCCUUUGGUCCCACAAGGACAACUUCAUCAUGCAGGUAAGUAUUUAAACACAAUGUCUGCAAAAGAGAAAACCCAUUUGUUAUCUACAUAAUUUUAAGCAACUCUGAUCAUCUCAGGAAUGGUGAUGAAUGAAUAGCAUGUGAAUUAAAGGGCAGGACUUAAGAGCAGCAAAGGAUUUGUUUCUACUGUAGAGUUAACUUACUUCAGAGAAGAGCUUUUUAUUGAAGAUUUUCUCAAAUUCUCAUGGCAGUCAGUAUAUUUGUUUACAUGUCAACCUCUUAUUUUAUAGGUGGAACAAGAAGAAUGACGCACGCUUAUCAAAUAAAUAGUUUAAAUAGACUUAUUUUCUUCACACUCAGCAUGAAAAGUUAAACUCCAAUUAAACAUUAAGAGGAAGGGCCCUGAGAUGGUUAAACCAAUGAAGCCAUUAUAAUUAGUUUAGCAAUAGUUAGUUGUUCACACUUUAGAUACAAUCUUUUUCUUUUUUAAAAAAAAAAAAUACUAUAGACUGAAAUCUGGCAUAAAUAUCCACCUGAAAUGUCUUUGGGCAGCAAGUGGGAAGGUGGAGUCAAAAUUGCCAAAUAAGCUUUUUUGAAACUGUUGGGUUUUAUUGUUACCAAACAGAUGUUCUUCUAUGUCUAAUGCAAAAACCCCUGCAAAUUUGUUCUAAAAGUGAAUGUUAGUUAAUCAUUCUUUUUAAGAGAGAGAUGACUAUGCAGGAACCAGAGAGUAUUCCAGUAAAUUCAUUGUUACAUAUGAUAUAAUCCAUCUUUCAACUGUAAUUUCUGCAUUCUGUCAAUGGGGUACGCUGGUUGGCAAAUAUCCACCGCUGUUGAAGUGCUGCAACUGUUCCCUGUAAAUACACACUUCAAAUGUGUAAAGGCUAUUUUGGGGUUAAGUAUUUUAAAUACUUUAUAAGAACACUUCACUUAAAAUGUUUUAACUAACAUUCAUUAAAUAACAGUAUGAUUUAACUUACUGAAGUAAGGACACUACAAGGUAUGGUAAAAACUCCCAUCUUCCACUUACCCACAAUUGUGAAGAGUUUCCCAAAUAAAUGAGAAUAUUAUGUGCUGUAAUAUUCAGAACAGAGCGAGGUUCAACAAAAGGAUUUUUUUUUUAAACUUUUGAGUGUCAGACUCUUAAAUUGAGACUGCUGUGUGAAAAGCAACACUGCCAAGGUAGUAUAGGUCCAGUCUUUAACUUACUUUUAAGAUUUGGUAUGAAGUAUCAAUUGGAUUCAUAACAAUUAAAAAAGAAUCUCUAAA